AUUUGUACAACCUUUGAAAUUCAGGCCUGCACAGAAGACAAAAUAUCAUCUUCUCCCUGCUUCUUUUGCAUUUCUACUCCCUUUGCAUUAGGUAGAUUGUGAUAUUACAUGUAUUUUUGUUCGCAGGUUGGUUAAGCUGGUACUAAGUCAGGAUGGUAAAACUCCUUUUGAUAAUAACCCAAGUGUUACAGCCUUUCCAGGUGUGUUUGAUUGUACUGUAGUAGUUUAGUCUUUGGUCCUAAUGUAUGUAACCAUACAAAUUGCUGGAACAAUUGCAAAAUAAUGCCCUAAAAAUGGUGUGAUUUGCAACCCUUGACCUGCGCUUUUGCUGCAGUGCCUCACUACUGGAUCUGGAUUUUGGGGAGCAGGUAAAUUAAAUUUCUUACACACCCUUUGGCUCUUUUGCCUCAGGACUGCACAGAGUUGCUUGACUCAUGGUUAACACUGGUCAACAGACUGGUAAAUUCAGAGACACUGUUAGACUCUCCCUAUGGUCUUCCUGCAACUUCCACCCAGCCAGGAUUUGUUCCAUUUAAACCUGUUGAUUUUCUUGUCACUACGCAAAAGGUAUGUGGAAGGUUUUGGUAGCAGGGUUGAUUAACAUUCUCAUUUCUUUCUCAUUGUGGAGAAAAAGAAAAACACCUGAUCACCGGUUAAGUGAGGGUGAACAUUUGCGUUUUUUUUUUCCAGAAAGCAUUCUCUGCAGUCCAACAGCUCUGGGGCCAGAGACUCCCUAAAGAGUACGGUCCUCAUAUAGCGGAGUCCAUGUUGUCCAUUUUGUACCACAUUAUAAAGGGUGAGGCUGUUAUCAAAGAGAAGCUUGGAUCUGCCCCUGAAAGCUCUGGAUCUACAAGUAGCACUUCUGUCACUGCAAGGCCUCCUGAGGCAGCACCCCAACCUGAGAUUAACAUGCAGCAUUUACAGCAGGUACGUAAAGUGCAGUCAAACCCUGUUAACCCUUUAAGUCCCAAUGGUGUCCAACAUCAAUAUUCUCCUAACACUAUCCAUACAUUGUUAAGAGAUUAGGUUAUGAGAGUUAAUAAAAUGAUCACCAAAGAGAAAAUACCUUGAUCUUUUACAAAAUUUUCUUAACUCAUUCUUUAAGGAAAUGUAUGAAGACCAGUUUGGAGAAUUUGUAUGUGGAUAUUGGACUUAAAGGUUAAAUAUGAAACUUGAGGGCAGGGCAUGAAAAGGUAGUUGAAGUCAUUACUUGUGUACCCUGGUUAGUGCCCAAAAAUUCUCCUGUAAAUCUAAGAUGGGAGACCAAACUAUAGUAUAAGCAAUUUGUUUGGUGUUUUGCAGGCUUUGUAUUGCGAUCGUAAAAAGGCCAAACUUUUUAGAUGUUAUUUUCUGAUAAACUUGGGUUCUGCAAUUUUUGUAUUAAUGUCAUUUCUUGCUGUUUCAGUUUAUGGACAUGGGCUUUACACACGAACAUGCAAGAUUGGCUCUCCUGAAUACAGGAAGUCUGGAGGAGGCCACUGAUUACAUCCUAACUCACCCUCCACCACCCCCAUCCAGGGUAGGUACUGCACAGUCUACGGGUGCUUAACUUUAGUCACAACUGGGCGGCCAGACCAGUCCAGUGGUCAAGAGAAUUCCAGGUCAAUUUAGAUCACUGGGACAAUACCCACCUACCCCUCUCCUGAGCCAACCUUUUAUAGGGCAAAAUGUUGGCUCAGGGGAGGGUUAGGUGAGCAGCUCAAAAACCCAAAUUGAUCAACCUAAUGGGAAACUGUGGGAUCUCCAGUCAUCUCUGAGAAGUCCAGCUUAUCAGUGUGAAUCCUGCGGGACCAUGGCAGCCAGGUUACUCCUCGUGGGAUUCUUAAUAAUUAUUAUACACAACACUGAUAGGUUUCUUUGUAAGACUGCUUAUGUAAUGGAUCAUUCUUUUCCAAUGGGGGUUUUAACUCCUGCAAGUCCUAAAGAGAUCAUCAAUUUUCUCCUAACUAUACUGGCCACAUUAUCAUGGUAAAAGGCUGGGGAGAAUGUAAAAUGACAACAAAGGAGAAAUGCUGUGAUCUUUAUGGAAGUCUCCCUACAACGCACUUGUGGGUGUAUGGACACUAGUGUGGAGAAUUUGUAUUCGGAUAUUGGGGCUUAAAGGGAAAAUUUAUUAUGAAACUAUUUCAGGAGCUUGGUUUGGACUAUGACACGCUAGUAAUAGGCUGACUGUCUGGAUGAGGCCGCAGGCUAUGUCUCUCGGGCAGGAUAUGCCACCUGCUGCUGCCCCAGCUGUAGACUGCGACAAACCAGCAUAAUCUAUACCUAAAAAUCUAAGUCUCUGUAGUGAGGGCUUUUCUAUCAACCCUCCAGGAGGGAUGGAGGGGAAAACCCCAGCUCUCACCAAAAAUGAACAGUAAGGAGACUACUGUUUUUGACCAUCCAGCUCUAAUAAAUAGCUUCAUAGUAUGCAUGAAGUAUUUGGUUAUAAGCCGCUUCGUACGGAAUUGUGGCUUUCGCGAAGUGUAGUUUGUACUAGGAACGUUUUGUGUAGCCGUGGCUUUAUGUAUUAGAUCAAGAAAUGUAAUGCGUGAUCAACCUGUGCUAAGUAACCUGGGGCGAGGCCCCACUUUGUUUCACUGCAGGCUGAUUACAAUGCCGAGGAAAACCAAGUACAUGGAAAAGGCGAACAAUGAAAGCUAAAACUGGGCCUGAUCCCAUAUUACAUGUUUAGUCGCCGAUUUUUUUCCUGUGGUUUUGUGAGCGGAGGGAGAUUAAUAUUUCAAUACUUACUGUUAUUUUUCCCUUGUGUACCAUUAUAAAUUAUACGUGGCUUCAACGACUCAUAAGUAACCGCGGUCUUUGAGGCGGGAAUUUUCGUAGCACUUCCAUCUCAGUUUUAACUGAUUUUGCAUUUCAUUAUACAUUGUCGGUACUCCACAGCCCAUAGUCAUGAUUGGUGCUGUUCGUAAUAUCAAUGCAAUAACACUGUCAGAUGUUUGCAUCGCUUUGACUGAAGUCUCGCCAUACACCGUGACGCAUCCUGAAUUCAAUCCGCCAUCAUCAAUUUAUCGAGUAGUAUUUCCUGUUUUUGUAGAGCCCUUUGGGAAUCCUAGCAAUCUUUGACGACUAGUUCGAGGUGGCUGUUCUCCUGGCAGCUUUUGGCUUUUUGUCCUGCUCCCAGCCCUCCUUUGAGUGGACAGAGUAUUUCGCGACUUGAGAUUGGGGUCACUCAGAGCAGCCUCCCCAUUUGGGUGAGUGAGUUCCGGGAGAAGGCGCGAGCGAGCGAUGAAGGGCCCUGCCUGCGCAAGGCCCACUUGCUUACCCAACAUGAGAGUUUGGUUUCAGUAGGCUAGAAUGGACUUCGGUAGAACCGCCUAAAUCUGAAGUUGUACUGUCAACCCUGCUCUUACACCUGGAUCUGAAGGCUCAUUGCAUUGAAUGUAUAGAAUGUGCAUAUGCACAUUGGAAGUCUCAUCGGCUGAGCUGGCCGCAAGUCCAACCUGUAUCUUCCAUUUGCACAUCUUCCAUAACACUCCUUCUCCUUGUUUGCCUUCUCAAAUUUUGCAUAAGCAUUGUCUUCAAUUUCUCUUGGGACGACUGAUACGCAGGGGAAAUUAAAGACGAAAGUAUUGCAACAUUUAGGACAAUUAUUAUUAUGGGAGAGGUACAAACGGCUAAUUAACCGUUCGACUCCCAGGGAAUGAAUAAUUGAAUCUUGAAAGGUGCAACUAAUUUUUGAUCCUGCGGAUGAAAUCCAGCGGUUCUUUUUCCUGGGAAGGGAAGGGUUCAACGGUCAGGUUUCAGUAACAGUUCUGUGACUGAAGAGAGACUGAUGUGUAUAAUAUUCCUUUGAAAAACCUUACAAUGUUGGUUUUACUUUGUAGCCUGCUGCUGCCUCUGGUUCUGGCGCCUCGGAACCUGCAGCCACAGACUCGUCCAAAACAGAGAAAAAACAAGAAGAGAGCACUUCAAAAAACAAGGCAGAGGAAGACGGAAGGUGGUUGUGAGACGAGCAAUAUUCUGCUGGAGAAAACUGUACGUGGACUCAAUUCACGGUUGGUAUGUUGGGCGCGGUUGCUUGAAGUACCGGAUUGGCGUUCUGCCGGGGACUGUUGGCGCUUUCAGACGUGCUGUCUGGGCUGUGGCGCGUGCCGCGCAACGGAGAGGAAUGGAAGAAAAACACAAUGAUGCACAUUUUAGAUCAGGUGUGUCUUAAGUAACUGCAAAAGUGACGUAAUUCCAUUGUACCCUGUGCACCCAAAAGAUGAUAACCUGAAGUCGACGGUAUGGAUUUUGAAUUCCUAUGAUGAGUGACCAGGUCAGUUAACAAUCCCAACGUUUCGGUUUCUUACAUACAGCUGGGUUUAGUUUGGGAUGAAGGAGGAAAGUCGCACUAGAUAGUUAUCCUUUCUCGCUUGAAGUUGCGGAACUAAAAAUUGUGCCUUUUAUUGGCGUUUCGUUUUUUUUUUCUUUUCUGGCUGACUUUAGCACUCUUCUUUCCACAGGUCCAGUCGGACGUGAAAACUGUAUUGAAAACUUGCACCAUUAAAAAUGUUGACACCAAACAACUUGAAGAAAGCAUUUCCCAGAUGAGCAGCAUGCCAGAAGCCGCGCGAUUGUCCUCUCUUCUUCAUCUCACUUGUUUGCUUUUUGAGGUAAGUCGUUUUGGUCUUUUACUCCAAAUGGGCUAGAUGACUUGCCCACGGAGCAAGUAAGCUUGAAAAUCUACCUGUCCCGAACUACCCGACGGCACUUUUUUCAAGCCCCUAGCUUCAACUAAGAGUUUAGUGGAACAAUUCGAUUUCCCUCGAUAGUGAUCCACUUUUUCCAUUCCAAUGGGAUAGUAACUUUCUGUGGGCAGGCCUGUCGGUGCAAACUGUAAGCGCCUACUCAAAGUAACCUGGUGAAGGGAGUGUGUGGGAAGAGGCACCAAGCCUCGAAUACUACCCACCUACCCUCCCAGGCACCUGGUUUAUAGAGCCCUCGUCCUUUCUGAUCGAGGAGGAGAAAAGAGGGAGUUCCCGCCUGAAUCGCGCCGUUUUGCCGCAGCCCGAAACGUCUGACCUCGCUGCCCUUGUUCUCCUCGUCAAAUUUUCGGGUGUAAGCAUCUGUUUAUUGAUAAACUGGAUUGAUCAUAACGGGAGUGCAUGGGCCACAAGCCUGGGUUCGAAAACUAUAUCCCAGUGCAAUUGUAUGCAGCAAGCUCAACAAAGAUCUUACUAGAUUCAUGCACAGUCUUUCUUAAGUACGCUAAAAUCGAGCAACCGAAAGAAAGGCUUUGCUAACAGGGUUGGACAGGUGAUGCUUUGGACUCGAUACCAAUGGAGUCACUCCUUUUGUUUUACAACUUUCACAGGAGAAGAAAUUCCACUGUGGAGCCAUCAUUGAGAAGUUUGGUAUUGUAAAUCUUUUGUUUUUGAGUUUACUCGAGGUGCCAUGGCCGUCAUGCAGCAACCGUUAGUGGAUCUACAGCAUUCAUACCAGUGUAAGUGUUCUUAUGUGGCAUGUUACCGUGCAAAAAGCUGAAGACGUCUAUUAUUAGAUAGAGUCUAGACCCGGGAAUGAAAGGUGGGGAAAAUAAAGGUCUGGGAGACCUCGCGAUCUGUGGCCGGUGGCAAUCGCCGCAGUGCCUCAGGUAUGUCGCAGGAAAACUGAAAUUGGCACUUUAUCAGUAGGGUCAUCGAAUUUAGAUAAAGCUUUGUGGGAUUAGUUGAAUACCAGGUGACAAAAGAAUAAGAUAGAGGGAGCGAUAAACAGCGCGAAUGGCACGUACGGAGGACAACAUAUUUCAAAGUUCUAGAAACUGUUAAAUGGCCGUGGCCACUCCAAAAUAAGAAAAGUUUGGUGUUUAGCAGGAGUUAAACUGAAUACAAAAACUUAGAAAGCGGUCGGGAAAACUGAGGAAGUCAUGAAAUUUGAAUCGGCCAGAUGGAACUUCGAUUUGAGGUAUUCUGAGAACAUCUUCCUGAAUCUAUUGGUUUUAGUAUGAAACGCCGUAUUAAAAUCAUCCGAUGGGUAGUAACCAACAUGGUGACUGAACUCAACACUUUACAGUAAAACAUCUGUCGCUGAGUUUUGCGGCGAAAGAAUUCAUCUUCCGACAUGAAACCAAGUGAAACAUUGAAGAAGUCCUUUUUAUCUAAUUCAAUAACUAUUGAGAUAGAAAGAAGAUUGACCCAUCGUGUAUAAAGAAAUUUUCUGUGAUAUUACCGUUAUGCAGAUGGUUGUCCUCUCUGAUACUGUUGUUGGACACCCAUGAGAAAAUGGCGGUCACUACGAGGAGAAAAAUGCUUCAUGAUAAGGGUGGUAAAUAGGCUACCACUGAAUUUCAUACCAGAGUCGGCAGCCUUUGAUUCUUAUUCUGGUUGUCCCUCUCUACGUGACCUCCGGGGAUUGUCCCUGAAAUUACCAUGUUGCCAAUGUGAAGCGCGUACGCGCCAGUUCAUUGGCCUUAGCCUGUUUGUUUAUCACCCAGUGUACUACGCAUGCCGGGAAGUGGCUCUGAUGUGACCGGUAGCGGUCGAGCUAUACAAAUCCACAACGUCAACAAUAACACGACCAUCGAUGCGGGCGUGCUGUGAAAUGAGAGUCGUGAGCCAGGCAUACCUUCACAUAAAUCACUGAAGUUACCAAGUUUGGGGCUGUGUCGGCCAGAACAGACACAGGAGAAGUCAGCAAUUUAGCCGUCAGCAGCUCCGGGGAAAAUAGCUGAUAUUCUCAUGACGUCCCACUGCUUCUUCAUGAACCAAACUUAAGCACGGUGUAUUUCAUCCUAGGUAUUUUGAUAACGGACUUCUUAGAUCAAACAGCCUGUAUUUUGGUAUCUACGGAUGAGCAGUCAACAAAAAAAGGUUUGGAUCGAGGCUGAAAAACAUAGAGAGAUUGGGAGAGACGCUUGAUGGGGCGUGGUGGAGGCCUGCGAGCUUCUGGCGCGCGUAAGCACUUUACGCUACGCUUUCACUGAUUUUACUGAUUUUGAGAAAAAGCGAAUGGUUUUUGCAGUCUAACGACCUCUGGAGCUAGUAGUGGUGCUCGGGAGGAUGCUAUUUUCUAAAGCCGUUAGUUCAAUGUGCAAGUUUCUGAAGAAAUAAUUUAAUUCUGAAUUUUGUGACAUAAGUUUAAAGUAAACUCAAGUGAUUAAAUGAUGUAACCUCCUGAGGGAAUUCUCCUUAUUCAGUUUAUUUUACUACUCCCAUGCGCCUCCUUGUUUCUUGAUGUUUUUCUAAAAACCUGGUUGCUGAAAUUGCCUUGUUUGAUUCCAGACUACGAAUAAGUGAUAAAACUCAACAUGUCGCCAGUCACUGGGUUGCAGUGAAGACAAUGUUUUGUUAGGGUGCCUUAUUCUCGCGGGCUCACAAUUCUGGUAUCAGUCGAUGUUAUCAAAUGUUUUCCAUCUACCUAAGCGUUUGUAACAUUGUCUUUUCUCAGGUUCAUGGCAGGAAGGCGACGCUAUUUGGUGAACUUCUCCACGAUGGUUCAGGUAUAGAUAUCGCCUUUUACAUUCUGCAGACUCGAAUUUCAGAUUUUAGAUGAUGAGGUUAGGAUGACCAACUUCGAUUUUCUCUUAACAAUAUCAGUACAGUAGAUUUUAAUGAGAAUUAAUAGAAUGAUCACCUUAAUGACGGUUCGAUCUCAUCACAUUCUCUCAACUAAAUAUGUAAGGAAAUGUAUGUUGAUCAGUUUAGAGAAUUUGCAUGUGGAUAUCGCGCUAAAAGGACGAAUUUAGCUAAAUUUGCGGCACAGCUCCUUUAAUUUCAAUAAAAUUCCUCUGAUGUCUUGGUAGGUAAACGAGGACUCUGGCAAUCGACGCCCCAUAAUGUUAGAAACCGCUAACUUAAACAGUGAUACGAAGCCAGUGAGAAGGAGGAGCCAGAGCCUGUGAAGUGGCACAUCUGUUGCUGGUGAGAAAAAGCGGAGGAGCAAAACAAUCUCCAAGCCGGAUCCAAAGAGAAAAGCUAGCAAGAAAUGAAGAAAAGAGCGCAGCAUACCAGGGCGAAUCCACACCCGGUCAUGAUUUAAAACAAUUUUCUGAAGACGGAGACUUUGUUACUGAUAACAAGUGUUCAUCUGAAGAGAAGUCUGGUCUUAUAGAGUCGUAAACAAAGGGAGGAAAAGGCAGGGACUAAAUCAUUAAACUGUCCGUCGUACUGAGGUAAAUCCGGUUGGGAAGAGAGAGUCAGAGUGUUUUAUUCUUUAUUAUGUUCUAUAUUUUAUAUUAUUUCAUUAUUGUUUUUAGGAGUGGCGAAAACCGACAAACCGGAGGAACAAGUCAUCGAACGCUUAAACGAUGAUCAAAAAGCCCUUAUCAUCAG